AUGGUUGGCGUCAUCGCCGUGCCAAGCUCAUGGUUACCACCCGUUGGUAUCGGGGACUGCCUGAGCUUCUGGCAGGUGAAGAUAGGAGACCUGUACGAGUUCUGCGAGGAGAUCCCCCUGAGCGAGGAGCCUGUGGGCUUCCCGGAUUCCAAUACAGACGGGGCUGAGGUAAAAAGUUACUUUCAAGCAGAGCAGGAGCAAGCAGCUGCUUGUAACCUGCGUAAUGCAUGGCUGUUCGCUUAUGCGGACGAUCACAAACUCGGAGCAAACUACGUCACAGAUGGCAAGGAAGGAGUUCUACGUUGCUUGAAACUCACCAACUCUGAAUCGCACUUGAAAGAUCUCAUGCAUCAGCAGAUGAUGGCAUCAAGGCCUGAUUUCAUCCCUGCCGCCAAACUGAGGGCCCCAACGCUCGAUGAAUAUGUGGAGCAUAAGUUUAAACUCAGAGAGGUGCUGGAGGCAGAGCUCAACUUCAGGUCACAGAAGAGAGAAGAGAAGAACAAAGCCGAGAAAGACAACAUCGGCAACGCGGACUUAAACUCCGGGUUCGGCGACCGCCCCACUCAAGGGAUGCCGAUGCCGUCCACCAAAGAGUUUCCUGAAGGUGUUGACAUCAAAGUGUCGGUCACUGGAGUGCACGUUGCAUUGUGGACUGGACACUUCGAGGAGAUGGAGGAAUUCUCGUUCAACUUCAUUGAAGAGAACGUGGAGUUGACAAGGAACACAAAAAAGAAUGCCAUGUCAGUCAACCUGAACGAGGGGAGGUUCACGCUAAGGCUGCGGAGAGACGAGGGUGGGAAGCAUUGGUACCUGACCGGACUAAGGUGCAUGAUACAAGCGAACGUCAACCACAUUUGGAACAAGAGCUUGGCGUACAGGGGAAGGAAGCUGGGAAGAUUCAAAGGAGCAGCUCUCGACGUUCGGCUUGAGUGGAUGAGCCCCACGUGGAAGUCGCUCAACAGCGGGGACACUUUCAUCCUCCUCAACUCCUCCGGGGACCCUCGUAAGGAUCCUUCCUCCUACUCCUUCCUAGAGCUCAGAGACUCGCUGCUUUGGGUCUGGGUGGGAAGAACUUCCAACCAGUUUGAGCUGGACGCUUGUGCGGAUUGGGUGGGAAAUUUUGUCCGCAGGCUCAUCAAAGUGAACGAGUACAUCAGCGUCCGCUGGGUUGAGCAAGGGAAGGAGCCGCCGGAGUACUGGGAGGGCAUGGGGGGAGGCCCACCCGCAGGAGAGGAGAUCGCAAGGGAGGAUGUGCUGAUCAGCGACGAGAUGUAUGAGCACUUCCCUCAUUCCCUUCCCGCCCAUCCCAAGUUCCGCCGGCCCCCCAGCAGGGAAAGCCUGGUGCACGUGGCGGUGAUCGGAGGAGGGAUAGCGGGGGCCUCGUGCGCAGCGUACCUGAGCAGGAAGGGAGAGAACUCUGGGAUCCGAGUGACGGUCUUCGAGGCCGGGGAGGAGACAGGGGGGAGGGUCAGGAGCGUGAAGCACAAGAUUGGUGGAGGACACUCUUUCUCCGGCUGCCGCUUCUUCAGCGCGGUUGGAGGAGAGUUUAGGGAGCAGGUGGACAAGUGGGUGAGAAAAGGGAUCGUCGUCCCUUUCGGGUCCUCUCGAGCCAUCGGGAUGACGGAGACGACGGGAAAGAGCUACAGGCUUGACGCGUUUCCUCUCAACCUGUCGAACCCCUACGUGCUGUCAGCUGCACGAGAGUACAUCCGUAUGGGGCCUAAGGACGGGGAGAGCUUGAGCGGAGGGCCUCAUGCUGAUCGCAUCUCCGGCUUCAUGUGGGAUCGCAUGCUUGAGACUCCCUCCGAUGCCGGUCUCGCGCUUCAACGCGCUGAGCAAGAUUACCAAAGAGCAAAAGAAGAGGGCAUCUUGUCUGGCCCCGAGCUCGUUCAGCUGGCUCGAGCGGUCGACAACCUCCGCGCCCUCCUGGAGUCAACGUCCACUGAGUCAAGCAGCGGCAUCGGAGACUUCGACAUCACAGGGCCAUACCUCCAUCGCUUCGCUCAUCCAGGGGGGUUUGAGCGCGCGCAGGCGUCGCGGGGGAUGGGGGAGAGCACGCUGCUGUUUGCGGGGAAACCGCAGCUGAAGACGGUGGUGGAUGCGAUGCUGGAGGGGUCGGACGUCCGUCGGGGUUGUCAAGUGCGCCAUGUGAGGAGGAAUUUUGCAGAGGACAAGUUUGAGGUCGAGCUGGUCUCUUCCUCCCCGAAGAAACGGGGGGGAGAGGAGCAGGGCAGUGAUGGGGAGGAGAAGCGGAGGAGGAUGGAGAUGAUGGGGAACGAGGAAGACAUCGCGGGUGGCAAGAGGACGUCGGAGGCCCUCGCGCUGCUGCGCAUGCAUAAGACUACCGAUUUCAAGAUGUCACGUGGGAAUGUCCGUGCGGGCGAGGAGCAGGAGGACAACGGAGGUACAGAGGGAGAGAGGAGGGAGCAGGAGGAUCAGGAGGAGGGAGCAGGUGGCAGUGGCAUGCCGGGCGAUCGGCGUCGAAGUUCGGCCUUGGGCGUGGAGGCUGUAAACUUGAAGUUUGACUAUGUCUGUGUCUGCACACCCCCGGGCGAUGUUGUUAACAUCCUCAACAAAGUUCAUCCCAAGUCAUCUUUCAUCAUGAAGACAGCGAGCAAGUGUGAGAUGCUUCCUGCAUGGAUUGUCACCAUCGAGUUCGACCAUCUCCCUCCCAUCUCUCUUCAGGGCUCGUUUCACCUCCCUGCCCUCGAGCGAGAUAUCUAUGCGCGGAUGAUGCAGGAGGACGUGUUUCAGCCCAGCCCUCCCGCUGCUGCUCCAGGCAGAGCCUCGCUGACCCCCUUCGACCUCGAGACCUCCAUCGAAGACCUCUUCCACAUGCUGCUGGAGUGGACGGAGGAAAGGGAGGGAGGGCGAAAGCAACGUCAGGAGGUUUCAGGAGAGAGAAGGGGGGAGAGAGAGGAGGAGGAGGAGGAUGAAACGACCUUCAUCGAGAUCUCUUCCAUCGCCUCCAAGUUGUCAAUGCUGGGCUAUCUGGAGGAGGAGAUCGAACUGCUCCUCGACUUCCUCGCAGAGGAAGAGGAGGGGAGCAGCCGUCUUUCUCGCAAAACCCUCAACGAUGCGUUGCAGAGGUACCGGCGGCACCGCCAUGAGCAGCAGCGAAGGAGAACCAAGAGGGACGCAGAGCAGGAGGAGGAGGAGGCGUUUCAGCUCGGUGACCCCCAGAUCGUCAGCUUCUGGGAUAUCACGGCAGAGGCGGAGUACCUCAGGUCGCAGAAGAAGGGGAGUGGUGGAGGAGCGGGAGGAGCGGGAGGAGCAGGAGAAGCAGGAGGGAACCGCAGCAGCACUAAGAGUCUCACGUAUGUUUGGAUGAUAGUCCUGUCCUCCUCGUGGUCGAACAUGAAUCGAGAUGCGAGCCCCAACCAUGUGGCUGAGAAGACGGCAGAGAUUUUCCUCCCUCUAGCCUUAGCCGGCGCGAAUAUGGAGGAGACGGAAAUCAACGUGCGUGCCCACACGCCAUCGCACGUUCAAGCGUCUCUGUGGGAGCAUGCGGAACUUGCAGGCCUGCCGGGCUCGAUGCUAAACAACGCGUCGGCAAUGGACAUGAAGCUCUUUGCGCCGGAGAGGAAGUACUGCCUCUUCGAUGCAGGCAACGGCAUCGGUGUAGCAGGGGAUUGGAUCACCGAGUGCUCGGUAGAAGGAGCAUGGAUGUCCGGCAAGGCGCUGGCCGCCUGCGUCAUCAUCGAUGCAGCAUGCAACGUUGGACGAGAAAGGGCGCUCCUGAAUCGAUACCUCGAGGAUAAGCAGGCGCGGGAGUUUCAAGCUCAGGAAGCUGAGUGGAUGAAGAAAUGGGAGAGGAACAAACAGAUGUUCAUCGUCAGGAACUAUGAGAUUCGCAACUUCUUUCAGUCCAUCUUCCACAACCGCAACGUCGACCUGCUAGCUAAGAUGUGGGACUCUUGGGAGGAGUGGAGGAACGAGGAGUACGCCAGGAGGACGAUGAAGCGAGUGCUGGGGAUGUUGAUUGAUACAAGAUUGCGAGACAGCUAUGACGCAUGGAAGAAUGAUGCUUUCGAGGUCUUGAAGCAUGGGCCCAAGUGGGACAUGAUGAAGCUGUUCCGCAAGAAGCGACAAGACAGGGACAUGGCGAUGAUCUUCAUUGCCUGGUUCCAGUGCGCAGAGAUGGGGAGGGAGACUACCCUACAGAAGAUGUUCAGAUCGAGGGCGCAGCGACGUAGACUGGUGGAGAUCCUGCUUGCGUGGGCUGCGUACGAGCCUCAAGAAGGAGAAGAGGAGGAGGAAAGAAGCAGCCGAAGCAGCUCCGACCAAAAGUCGGACAGAGGAGAAGAACUCCUCGAAGGAGAACGCGACGUUGCGAACGUUAGCGAGCAGGGGAAUGAGGAGCCCAGCCGUGAGGAGGAGAUUGUUCCUGAGGAGGCAGGCAUUGAUGAAGUUAGAAGAGAGGGGUUUCAGAAGAGGGAGCGGAAAAGAGAGAUGAAGACGCUGGAGUCCUUUCCUGAGGAGGAAGAAGGCGCAGAGCACUCGGACUAG